GGGGCCUAUAUAAAAGGAAUUAGGCGGCGACGGUCGCUAUUGUUCGUGGAUUGAGCGCUCGAAGAGCCGUGGAGAGUGUUUGAAGCUGCGAGACACCGGAUUAACUGAAAUGGAAGAGAAACCAGACUUCAGGGAGGUUGCCUCCUUCGACAAGAGCAAGUUGAAGAAGACUGAUACAGCAGUGAAGAACACACUCCCCACAAAAGAAACUAUUGAUCAGGAGAAGAAGGCGGAGAGCAACUAAUUUCAUGGCAACUCCUGCCUAGAGUUGACUUUGUCCAUGGUUGGAAGAAUCUCUAGGGUGCUUUUUUUUUUUUGUCUUUUUUUUAAAAAACUAAAUCUCUGAUCUAUACUGUGAACUGAACUACUGACGGAAGUAAUGCAUUGCCAAAGGGGGGCUCGGGGCUUCUGGUCCCCUGCUGAGCCAUUUCUGUUGUGGUCCUCAUGCAUUUCCCAAUGCUGUAAAGGAAACAAAUAAAAAUUCAAUUUGUGCA